AUGACUAAACCCACACUCGGGCAAAAAGAUUUCAGCGGCCGCCGACGCGGUAGUAGCUCCACUCGUGGCCGGAGCGAGUGGAAGCCGGCGUACCUGAGCAACCCGGGGAACCGGCCGCUGCUCGAGGCGACGGUGGGCCAAGCGCUGGAGGAGGCGGCGCGGCGCUGGCCCGAGCGCGAUUGCCUCGUGUCGCUGCAACAGGGCGCCCAGCGCCUGAGCUUCUCGGGGCUGCUCGACCGCGCGGAUCGGCUCGCCGCCGGGCUGAGGGGCCUUGGUCUGCGCAGGGCCGACCGGGUCGGAGUCUGGGGACCCAACCACCUCGAGUGGCUGGUGAGCUACAUGGGGGCGGCGCGGGCAGGCUUGGUGGUGGCGGGCAUCAACCCGGCGUACCGGCCGAACGAGCUCGAGUACUGCCUGGGCAGGAUAGGCGCCAGGGCCGUGUUGGCGGCUGGCUCCUACAGGGAGCAAAACUACGCGGAUAUGCUGCUCCGGGCCAAGGGGACCUGCCCCGCUCUCGAGCACGUCGUCGUCUGGGGCCAACGGGGACACGUCUCGGCAGUGACGAGGCUGGACGUCGAGGGUCGCAAGAUAUGCCUGAACGUGCCGUACUUCCACGCCUUUGGUAUGAUCAUGGGCGUCGUGGGUCCCCUGCACGCCGGCUCGACCGUGGUACUCGAGAACCCAACUUUCAACCCCGUCAAGUCCAUCGAGGCCAUUGUCGGGCAAAAGUGCAGCGUUACCUUCGGCACCCCGACAAUGUGGACGAACAUGAUCGACGUGCAAAAUCGAACAAACAUCAAGAUCGACUGUUUGUACACCGGUUUGACCGGUGGAUCCCCGGCCACGCCAGAUCUUUACCGAAGGAUCCGCACUUGCCUGGGCAUGGACCACAUAAAGUCUAUAUACGGCUUGUCCGAAACUACGGCAGUUGUCAAUCAGUCGUUGCACGAUGAGUCGCCAGAGUUGACGGAAACGACCAUUGGGUACAUAUCCGACGACAUAGAGAUGAAAGUAAUAGACGAUAAAGGGGACAUUGUGCCGUUCGGUACCCCCGGGGAGCUUUGCGUCAGGGGCUACUGCACGAUGAUGGGCUACUGGGGGGACGAGGAGAGCACGAAAAAAAUGAUCCAGGAGGACGGAUGGCUCAAGACCGGGGAUCAGUACAUCCUUCGCGAGGACGGCUACGGGCACAUUGUGGGCAGGCUGAAGGACAUGCUGAUCCGGGGCGGGGAGAACAUAUUUCCAAAGGAAAUCGAGGAUUUUCUCGCGACCCAUCCCGCAAUACUCGAAACUCACGCUUUUGGGGUCCACGACGACGUUUACGGGGAGGAAAUUUGCGCUUGUGUGAGACUGAGCGCCGACGCCAAACUGACGGCCCAGGACAUCGUGGAGUACGCCAAAGGGAAAAUCGCUCGGUUCAAAAUACCGCGGUACAUCGAGUUUCGCGAGGAAUUUCCAAAGACCGCGAGCGGCAAGAUACAAAAGUUCAAGCUGAAAGAGGAACUUGAGGACAGAGGCGUAGUCCCGAGGAAACCGCAAAACUGAUUCAGGCUGCCAAUGCGACGUUCUUCUAUGAUAAUUGUAGCUUUUUUACUCUAAUGGGUAUAGGGAAAAUAAGUUUUUUUUUUUUUUUUUUUUACGUAAUAGACAAUUGUGCGAUUCAUUCGAUGAUGAAAAUUUUAUACAUGACUGUGCUGUUUGGCUAUGAUGAAUAUUCAAUUGUGGGUAGGUAACUAUUUCGUGUGUCGAUUUGAAAAAAAAAGUUGAUUCAUCGAUUUUACCGCAUUGUGUAAGGUUUGUCAAUUUAAUAACGAGUUUCACUUUACUUCUGGAAAUUGAGAGGAUCCGAAAAAAAUGGCUUAAAUUUGUUUUCUUGUUUCCAGUAUAUCGAACAAUUAUUGUGUUAUACGUGGCAAUGAAACUUUCAAAUUCUAUUUAUUAGAUAAUACUUACGAUCGACUCUUUAAAUAAAAUUUUGUUUUUUAUGUUUUCCCAUAAUGCAUUGAUUUAUAAUAAAGUGUUAUUCAUCCAUAACAUUUUCUACGGUUGUGAACUAUAUUGUACAAGUAAACGAAAGGGGUGUGAAAAACAACGUUUACUUUUUUGUUAUAAAUUUUUUAUCAACAAAAUCAUAUAUUUUAAAAAUACAUGAUGAAUAAAGUUAUAAUUUUUUUUAAAUACACUUACGUUCUAACAUGUUUCUGUUUUAACAACAGUAUCAACGAUUAAAUAGUCUAAAAAAAAUUGUUUUUUUUCCGUCAUUUAAAUUUCAUGAAAUAUAAAUGAUAAUAACAUCUACAUAAGUAAAAAAAAAAAAAUCAUUUUAAGGCAUCUUUUACACCAAGUGCGCUUAAUCUUAGCAUAAUAGCGAAAUCAUGAAUUUGUGCAGGUUGCAAUCUUCGGUGAUUUUUGCACUUGUUACAUAAUAUACUAUUAAUUUUAAAUAAAAA